AUGUGGUGGUUUAACAAUUUUGUCGUUUUCAUCAUUUUUCAAACUUCCCUACGAAUUUCCAGCUCUGAAGCGUGGGAUGAUGACCACGAAUGUCUGCGGUCUUGUGCUGACGAAGCGCUUUCGAAAAAAAUAUGCCGCUAUAAAUUCUUCGUUGGCGAAUUGCUUGGCGGCGCGACCAGCAUUUACAAUGGCUCUAAAAUCCAGGACGAAUCGGUGAUUCGCGAUAAAAUAAUGUCUACGACAAGUUUUCUGGGAAUCAAUGGAAAAAGUCCGGGACCACGAAUAGAGGUAUGUCUUGGAGAUACAAUAGAAGUCGUUUUGUAUAACAAAUUAGGGUCUGCAGAGUUAUCGUUUCACUGGCAUGGCUUACGACAAAAGAAUUCAACUCAUAUGGAUGGUGUUCCAAUGGUUACGCAAUGUUCGAUAUUACCAUUUGGAGGUUUUCAGUAUAAACUAAAACCGGAAAGUGUUGGUUCAUAUUUGUAUUAUGCACAUAUGGUUUCACAGCAGGCCGACGGCGUAUACGGGUCAUUGACAGUUCGAGGACUACAGGAUGAUCCUACCUUGGAAAGGAUACUUCUCUUAUCAUCAAGGUCACCAACUCCGCUGUCGCGAUAUUUGCAUCUGCAUCCACCUACGCCCAGUGAACUCCUCUUAAAUGGCCAGAAGAGUGGAACCAUUUUGAAAGUCGAUCAUGGAGCACGAUACUUGUUACGACUUGUCAAUGCCAACGCGUACAAUUGUCCCGUGGUGUUAUCCAUUUCUGACCACGAAUUUCGAGUAUUGGCCGUCGACGGUAACAAGAUUCAACCAACGACGGGUAGACACAUUGUUUCCUUUCCAGGUGAGAGAUUCGAUAUAACUAUCGAAGCAAAUCAGCCUCCUGGAAAGUACCUCAUCGACAUAAGAGGACUUCAGGACUGUCAGAAUCUUCGUCAAGAAGCUUUCAUCUUAUAUGAUGGCAUAAAAUCGGAACCAGCUACGAUAAAUGACGAAGGGCUAUUGAAAAUUGAAGACUAUAUGAAGACUAGAAUUGCGAAUAAUGGUUACGAUUGCCAUACAAUAUCAAAGAAUUUACUUUGUGCAUUGGAUCUAAAAGGUUCAAAGGGAACCGAAAUUAAUGCCAAUCAAAUUAUUUAUAUUCCAUUCGACAUAAACGCUUUUCCCUUUCUCACGGAUGGAAUGUCCGACUAUAGAUAUCAUUUUUACGGAUGUCCCUUCUAUCCGUCAAGUCUAAGUCAAAAUAAAAAAGGAGCGAAAGUCGGACAAAUCAAUGGUAUGUCGUUCAAAUAUCCGACAUCCCCAUUAUUGUCGCAACCAGAAAACACACCGGAAGAAUUAAUUUGCUCUCUUGGAAAACGUUCAACGCAAUGUACUGAUACACCAUUAUUUUGUGAAUGUAUUCAGAUUAUCGAAGUUCCGCCCAUGAAAAAUAUCGAUAUCGUUUUAAUAGAUGAGGGUUUUGGCGGAAAUGAUUCUCAUACUUUUCACAUACAUGGCUAUAACGCGAGCAUUUUAGGAAGAAAUAGUUUUCAACAGCCUAUUACCAAAGAUGAAAUUAUGCUUUUAGACCGUAACAAAAGAUUACAUCGUAAUUUUGUAAAUCCACCUCAAAAAGAUAGUUUCGUUGUGCCUAAUAAAGGAUACGUUAUUCUUCGUCUCUUUACUGAUAACUUAGGAUAUUGGUUGUGGGAAGCACGAAGCACAGCAAUUUCACCAGGAAUACCUGUUAUGCAAUUUUUAUUAAAAGUAGGACAACGCCAAAGCUUUCUAGCUGUUCCUUUAAACUUUCCAACGUGCGGAAGCAAUAAACAUCCGGACAUGGUAUUCGAAACAAAUUGAUUUAGUCCU